AUGUUAUCUCUCAACCACACAGGGAGCCAGGUGACUGAAUUCCUGAUGAUCUGCUUUCCAGGAAUGCAGGAUACCCAACACUGGCUGUCUCUAGUCCUGGCUCCUCUCCUAGUUUUGGCCCUUGGGGCCAACUUUCUGUUAUUACUUGCCAUCUGGCAGGAGGCAUCUCUGCAUGAGCCCAUGUACUACCUGCUUGCCAUCCUUUCUGUGCUGGAUGUCAUCCUCUGCCUCACAGUCAUCCCUAAGGUCCUGCUCAUCUUCUGGUUGGACAUGAAGCCCAUCAGCUUUAUGGGCUGCUUCCUGCAGAUGUUCAUCAUGAAUACAUUCCUUCCCAUGGAAUCCUCCACCUUUCUGGUCAUGGCUUAUGACCGCUACAUGGCCAUCUGCCACCCACUGCGCUAUCCAUCCAUCAUCACGGAACAGUUCGUCAUCAACGUGGCCAUCUUCUUCAUCUUCCGCAAUUUGCUGGCUACGCUGCCUACACCAAUUCUGGCUGCGAGACUCAAUUACUGUGCCAGCAAUGUAGUGGAAAACUGUAUCUGUGCCAACAUUUCUGUAGCAAAGCUCUCCUGUGGAGAUAUUCACCUAAAUAAGCUCUACCAAUUUGUGAGUGUUUGGUGCCUACUGGGUUCUGAUCUGGUCCUUAUCUUGCUAUCCUACUGCUUCAUCUUGAGUGCUGUUAUGCAUUUGCAGUCGGGAGGUGCAUCCACCAAGGCCUUGAGUACUUGUGGUUCCCAUCUCAUUCUUAUACUUUUCUUCUAUACAUUGCUGCUAGUCUUCAUCUUCACAAAUAAGGCAGGGAAAAAAGUGUCCCCAGAGGUACCCAUUCUUCUCAAUGUCUUGCACCAUCUCAUCCCACCAGCACUGAACCCCAUUGUUUAUGGAGUACGAACCCAGGAAAUCAAGCAAGGGAUUAUCAAGCUAUUCAAGUACCAGUGCUGAGAGAUGUGAGUCAAAGAUCAAGGAUUAUGGAAAUUUGAGUAUGUCAGUGAUGGUUUCAACUGAAUACCACAAGGAACACCAUGUAACAUCUGUGCUUCUACCCUUAUCUUUUAUUUAAACCUUCCUCAACCACUAUCACAAUAUUUAC